CCAGGCUGCUGAUCGUCUACCCCUGGACCUAGAGGUUCUUCGCUUCCUUCGGGAACCUCUCCAGCCCCACCGCCAUCAUCGGUAACCUCAUGGUCCGUGCCCAUGGCAAGAAAUUGCUCACCUCCUUCGGGGAAGCCGUCAAGAACCUUGACAACAUCAAGAAAUGUUUUGCCCAGCUGAGCAAACUCCACUGUGACAAGCUGCACGUGGACCCCGAGAACUUCAGGCUCCUGGGUGACAUCCUCAUCAUCGUCCUGGCUGCACACUUCGGCAAGGACUUCACCUCUGCCUGCCAAUCCGCCUGGCAGAAGAUGGUCCGUGUGGUGGCCCACGCACUGGCCCACGAGUACCACUGAACCUCCUGC